AUGGCCACCGCGCGCCAGCAGCCGCCAUGGCGGCAACCGGACCUCCACCCCGGCGCUGAAUCCCGUCUGCCUCCUCUGAAGGUCUACAAUACGUUGACCAAGUCCAAGAAUCCCUUCAUCCCGCGCGAUCCAGAGGCCAAGCAGGUCUCCUGGUACGCCUGCGGGCCGACGGUGUAUGACGAUGCGCAUUUGGGACACGCUCGCAACUAUGUUAGCACCGAUAUCAUUCGCCGCAUUAUGCGCGACUACUUCAAGUUCGACGUCAAGUUUGUUAUGAACAUUACGGAUGUCGAUGACAAGAUCAUUCUGCGCGCCCGACAGCAACACCUGUUCAAUGAGUUUGCGACUACCCACCCUCAUGUCGAUGCGGAAGUCCUGGACGUCGCCAAGAAUGCCUACAGUGCCUACGUGAAGAAGAACCUCCCCUUGCUGAGCCCCGACCUCCCGCCCGCGCAGUACGCCGCUGAAGUCGAGAAGACGUACGCCGUCGUGCUCAAUGGAGGCCCCCUCCCCGGGAACGAGAAGGCUGGCGAUGACGAAGCUAAGACCAAGAUGCACAUCAAGACGGUCGCGUCCGGGGCGGCGGUGAUCGCGGAGGCCGAGCGCGUGGGCGCGGCGGCUCUGCCCACGGGGUUCCCCGAGCGGUUCUACACGGAGGCGCAAGAUGUGUUGCUGCCCUACCUGGAUGCCCUGAAGGGGGCGUCGAUCGACGCCGACGACCACAGCAUCUUCACCAAACUCACCAAGAAGUACGAGGAGCGGUUCUUGGCGGACAUGCGAGACCUGAACGUGCUGGACCCGGACGAGCUGACGCGCGUGACCGAGUACGGGGCCGAGAUCGCCGAGUUCGUGGAGAAGAUCGUGCAGAACGGUUUUGGCUACGUGACCGAGGACGGCUCGGUCUACUUUGAUAUCAACGCGUUCGAGGCGGCGGGCCACCCCUACGCCCGCCUGGAGCCCUGGAGCCGGUCCGACAACAAGCUGCUGGCCGAGGGCGAGGGCUCGCUGGCCAAGAAGACGACGGAGAAGCGGUCGGCGUCGGACUUUGCGCUCUGGAAGUCCUCCAAGCCCGGCGAGCCCAGCUGGGCCAGCAGCUGGGGCCGCGGCCGCCCCGGCUGGCACAUCGAGUGCUCCGCCAUGGCGUCGGCGCGUCUGGGCCGCCAGAUGGACAUCCACUCCGGCGGCGUGGACCUGUGCUUCCCGCACCACGACAACGAGCUGGCGCAGAGUGAGGCGUACUGGGCGGGUGAGCCGACGGACCAGUGGGUCAACUACUUCCUGCACAUGGGUCACCUGAGCAUCCAGGGGUCCAAGAUGAGCAAGAGUCUCAAGAAUUUCACGACGGUGCGCGAGGCGCUCGACCAGAAGCAGUGGACGCCGCGCAGCCUGCGCGUCGUCUUCCUCCUGGGCGGGUGGAAGGACGGCGUCGAGAUCACGGACGACCUGGUCAGCGCCGGCAGCUCAUGGGAGGAGAAGGUGACCAACUUCUUCAUCAAGAUGAACGACCCUUCCGCCUUCCGCGCUACCGCCAACACGGACACGUCGCUCGCCCCGGCGCUGACAGCCGCCCAGGCCGCCGUUCACGAGCACCUCUGCGACUCGUUCAACACGCCGGCCGCCAUGGCCGCCAUCUCGGAGCUGAUCUCCAAAUACAACAGCGCCGACAAGGCGACCGUCAAACCGGAGGAUGUCGAGGCGAUCGCCCGCUGGGUGACGUCGAUGGUCAACACGUUUGGACUCAACGGUGCCGCCAGCCCCGACAGCACCACGAUCGGCUGGUCGGGGAUCGACGUGCCGGAGGACGCCAAGCCGUACCUCUACCCGCUGUCGGCGAUGCGCGACUCGCUGCGACAGGCAGCACGGGGCGCUGACGGCGUGACGCCCGCGACGAUCGCGGAGAUCAUCGCAGAGCCGACCGAACCGAGUGCGGAGGCGGCAGACGCCGCGGCCCAGCCGUACGCAACGGUACUGAGCGACUUCCGCGGCAAGUUGACGUCACUACCGGAGUCGGACGGACUCAGCAAGCAGGUACUCGCACUGUGCGACCGGGUGCGCGACAUCGACCUGUUCGACCUGGGCGUGUACCUCGAGGACCGCGACAACCUCCCCGCGCUGGUGCGACCGGUGACGCAGGAGCUGCUGCAGGCGCGGCGGGACAAGGCGCAGCGCGAGCAUCAGAAACAGCAGCAGAAGGCCAAGCAGGAGCAGGAGGCCCUGCAGCGGCUCGAGAAGGGCAAGCUAAGCCACCUGGAGAUGUUCCGGACGAACGAGUACAGCGCGUGGGACGACGAGGGUCUGCCGGUUAAGGAUGCGGCCGGCGAGGAGGUGACCAAGAGUCGGGCUAAGAAGUUGCGCAAGGACUGGGAGCGCCAGAAGAAGCUCCAUGAGGCGUGGCUGGCGGCCCAGUCGGGGUAA